AUGCUGGGGCUUCAGUCAUGGCCUUGCUCAUUUCUACUCUUCUUGGUUCUGCUCUCUGCCAGCGUUCAGACUGUGUCCUUACCAAGACAGAGGCUACAGAUGCUCCUUUCACGACUGCUGCCCCUGGAGCCCGAGUCCACGCUGACUGAAGAGGACACGAAGGAGGGGUCCAGCUUUGGUCCUCAGCUGCUCUCCUCCACUCUCCCCUUCAUCCCAUCUGGGGCUAGAGCUGUCCGUCCAUCCCUCUGGCGCAAGAACCUCGCCAGUCGCAAGUGGGCACUGCCUGGAGAUUGGGCCUGGAAGGCCGUGCCCAGGGGUUGCUUUGGGCUGAAACUGGACCGAAUCGGGACCUUCAGUGGUUUGGGGUGUUAGCUUUGGAGGGUCUCCGAGCCGGAGGCAUGCAGCCUCGGGAACCGGCACGGCUCGGGACCGGCACCGACCCGGGAACCAGCACGACGCACCGCUGCGCGAAGCUCUGAGGCUCCCGCCCCGAAACAGGGAGGCUGCGGCAGCGAGGGAGCGGCGCGGCGCUACGAGAAGGAACUGCCCGGCUCCGCAGCUGCCCCCGCGGCCGCGGAAGCCCCUCUCCGCCGGCAGCUCGCCCCCCCCGCUCCCCGUGCCCGUAAUGAGGACUCGCUCAUUAAACAAUCUGUACUAGUCUGCCGCGUCCGCGCUCGGCGGUGGCUGCUCCCGGCCG